UACGAAGCCCUUACGUCGGUAUUCCGAUCGGAGCCCUAGGAGGAGGAGAGAUGGAGAGGAUCCCGAACGUCGAAGUCCUAGAAGGAGAGAUGCGGAGGAUCAGUCUUGCGACCACGACGAUCGGUCGAGAAGAGAUGGAUCUGAGGAUGGCGGCGGCGAAGCAGUUCGUGGAGGACUACUACAAGACGUUCGACACGAACCGGGCGGACUUGGUGAAUCUGUACCGGGAAGAGUCGUUCGUGCUUUUCGCGGGCCAGAAGAUCCAGGGCAAGGAGGGUAUCGUCGCCAAACUCACCUCCAUUCAGCAGUGCCGGUACCAAAUCACCAACCUCAACUGCAUCCCCGGCGUCGUGCCCGUCGGCGUGCUCGUCGUGGUCGCCGGCUACAUGUGGCUAGACGGCAAGCCUGAUGCCCUCGUUUUCAGCCAUACGUUCCAUUUGAUGCCGGCACCAGAAGGAAGCUUUUAUGUAGCGCAACAGCUUUGGAUGACCUGUGCUUUCAACCAGCCUCGGACCCCCUUGGCAUCGCCAGUGUUCCCCUUGGCAUCGCGGAUGUCCAGGAUGAGCCUUGUGUAGGACUUUACAGAGACUCGGUCUUUUUUCUUUUCCUUUCUGGGUCUAGUUAUGAGUUGCUCUACUUUGUUGAUGGGAGUCAGGAAGUGGAACUUUGAAAUUUCAAGGCCAUCAGGGUCGUCCCUAUAAUAGGUUUCCUUCUACAUGUUCCUGGCAUUCUCUCUGAGCUGCUGCUUAUAUUCAAAAUUAAGCACAGGUGUUUAUUGUA